GCCGUACCCAGCUCGUUGAUCGUGUUCUCAGAUCGCCACUAUAAAGUGAGUCCUGGCUUAUUCGCACUCCAACAGAAGCUCCUCCUCGGUUCUUUUGUGCCACCAGCGGUCUCAUAACUCUCUGAAUGCCCAAUCAGUACAAGCCCGUUCCUAAUGCUGAAGACCUCCGUCCUUUCAUCGAGAAGUACUGGAAGCAGAACAAGAAGGAUGUCGAGAUCGUCGAGCUGCUCAAGAAGUAUCACAUCGAUCUCAACAAAUACGGCCUCGAAGUUCAAACAUUUAGAAAAAUUCGCGAGAAGCUUGGUUUCAUACGCACGCGGCGUCAAGGCCACACCGUGGACACAAUUGGGGUAUUUAUUGUCAAACUCCGUCCGAUCUAUCCCAAGGCUGGCGGACGGGAGAUGGUUAGCUUGCUAUUACACGAGGAGAAUGUGCGCGUGUCCCGCGAGACUGUAAUGCGCUAUUUUCACACUCAUGAGCCCGAUCUUGUUCGUGAGCGCCGACGUGGACACUUCAAGCGCAAGCAGUUCUGGGCAGCGGGUGCCAACGAUAUAUGGGCUGUAGAUCAGCACGACAAAUGGAAGUAUAAAUUCGGUUUAGCGCUACACACUGGGAUUGACCCAUUUCUCGGCAUGAUUCAUUGGUUGAAGAUUUGGUGGAACAACAGCAAUCCCCGCCUUAUAUUCAGCUAUUAUCUGGAAACCGUGGAACGGCUUGGGGUCAUCCCACUUGUGACCCAGAGCGAUCCUGGGUCAGAGAACGUGGGGAUUGCGAAUGGACACACACAGCUGCGUCACUAUCAGGACCCCUCACUUAUCGGCACCUCUCAGCACCGUUGGAUGCGAAAGAAGAAGAACAUCAUGCCGGAAAUCACAUGGAGUCAGAUGCGGCGUCGAUUCACUCCUGGCUUUGAAGACAUCCUCGACGUUGGUGUAAACGAGGGCUGGUACAAUCCGGGAGUUCUACUCGAAGCCUUAGUCUUCCGUUGGGUAUUCAUCCCGUGGCUUCAGGGCGAGCUCGAGCUGUAUCGGCAUCGCGUGAACAAUACCGCAAAGCGCUGUGAUCGUAACAAGAUCCUUCCUCACGGUGUUCCGACUAGCAUGUUUGAGUUCCCAGAGGAUUACGCCAUCCUCGAUUUCAAGAUCAAGGUCGAUCCUAUCGGUAUUGAAAAAGUCCGACAGAUGUACGCACCACCUGAUCAUGACGUCUUUCUCCUUGUUCCCCCUGACUUCGAGAUCGCGAUCUUGGAUAUCUAUGCAAAGCUUAAUAGCCCUAUUGUGGACCGGGACUCAUGUUGGGAUGUAUAUCUCCAGCUCCUGAAUUGCCUCAAGGAGUUGGAUCAGCUCAACGAUAUCGAUCAGAGUGCCGAUGCAAGGUGGGGGCAUGUGCUGACCCAGCCGGUCGAUGAAAACAUUCCCCUUCUCCCAAACUUGCAGGAACUGCGGGGCGGUGAGGGGGUCGUCGGAGAGGGUGCUUAUUAUAUGGGUGGAGUCAACAAUGGGGAUGGUCUCGGUCCUGAACAUCACGCAUGUCUGAACGCAAUGAUCAACGAUAUCGAGCCCGAAGUGGAUCCCAUGCCCAACUCCCAGUUACCGGAUGACGCUCACGCAUUGUACGCAUGGUUCUCGGACGAAGAAGACUCUCAGGAUUUCAAUGAUCAUUGGUACGAGCUCGUCAAGGUUGUUGCACGUGAUCAUUUGAUCAAUCUAUCACGUGCACUGAAAGAUCUCAAUGGAUUUGUCAGCGAGCUCAUCAAGGUUGUUGCACCGGAGUUCAUCAGCCCGCUCAAGUUGGACGACUCGUGCCAGCCCGCACGGCUGCAGAACUGGGACAGAAUCCAGACGUUCCACGUGCCGCGAGCCACGGGGCUGCUGACGCAGACCGUGGGACAGCAGCGCGGCGGGUUCCGCUUCCUGACGAUUGUGAGUGCGAGCGCGGACCCGCUGACGAUCUCGAACAUCUCGCUGGCGAUCACGUUCAUGCCCCACUGGGAUGAUCUCAGGGCGUACCCGGGCUACUUCUUUGCACCUGACCCCGGGUUCCACGACAUCGACUUCCUCACGAAGAUCUGGCACUAUAGGGUGCAGACCAACACAAUCCCUCCCCACACGGCGCGACAGGAGCCGUGCCCAGCAGGAGGUGGCUGGUCCAACGAUGCCUUGGGAGGAGCUGCCACUGGGCCUAUCCUCGUCGAUGGUGCAAAACGCGACAGGAACAUCUGGCCAGGCGACUGCGGCAUCUCCACACACACGGAGCUCGUCGCGCUGAGCGACAUGGAGCCGACCAAGAACUCGUUGAUGGUGAUGUUCCGCACGCAAAACCUGACGACUGGCGCGCUGCAGUACUCCGGGCCGCCGCUGAACAACCAGGGAAGCGACACGUACAUCUCGUGGUCGCUCAUUGGGACGCACAACUACUUCCUGUACACGGGCGACCUCGAUUUCAUCAAGUCUGUCUGGGCGAACUACACCAAGGCGGUUGGCUUCCUUGAGGGCCAGGUGGACUUGACCGGCCUGAUGAACGUCUCGUCUGCGCUCUCGAACGACUGGGGCAGGGCCAGCGGCGCCGGACACAACUCUGCGGCAAACGCGUUGCUUUAUCGCACGCUCGUCACCACGGCGGACCUGGCGACGCAUCUCGGCAAUGUCUCCCUCCCCGCCACAUACCUCGCCAACGCGACCAAGAUCAAAACUGCGUUCAACAGCCUGCUGUGGGACGCCGCGGCGGGCCGGUUCCGCAGCAACGACCUGCCGAGGAGCAUCCACCCGCAGGACGGCAACGCGCUCGCGGUCCUGUACAACCUCACGACAUCGGACGCACAGAACAAGGCCGUGAGCGCCGGGCUGAUGAAGUUCUGGACGCCCAUCAGGCCGUGGCUUCGAGCGCAUUUUGUGGCCGGCAAGGGCGAGCGGGCAAUUGAUCUGAUCGAGCGCGAGUGGGGGUACAUGCUGGAAACCAACUUGAGUGUCAAGUCGCCGCUGCUAGAGGGCUUCUCGGCCAACGGAUCGCUCGGUCGGCUACCUGGGGUCUUGAUCAUUGCGUCAAUCAUCUGA